CAUACAGAAAAAUGUAUUUAAAAUAAAAAAAAAAUAUUAUUUGAACACACAUAUUAAUCCGAAUUUAAAUCGGUAACACAGUCGAAAAAUGUAUCAGUUGUUCGAUCGCCGGCCUAUCGAUUAAACGUCAACUAGCAGCUACUUGAAGCUGAUUUUUUAAAAUAAUUUCUGAAAUUGACUGAUGAUUGAUUGUGAUAAAAAAAAAUAUAUUAAAAAAUCAAGAAAAAAUUUUAAAAGAAAAUUAAGGAAGUGAUAAAAAAUAAAUAAAAAUAAUUUCACAAUUUGCAAUAAAAAUUGCAAACCAGAAGUAACAAAAAACAAGAAUCUACUCACAAUUAUUGCCUUUGUCUCAUCGCAUCAACGAUAAAUUAUUACCUUUGCUUGCUGAAACAAAGCAGAACGUUUUAUUGUGUAAUUAUUGAGGAAAAAAAGAGUAAAAGAUUUUAGCGCGUCAAUGUAGUCGAGAAGAAGACUUUCCUAUACAGAUGUUCAAAUAAAAGACUUUGACACAAAAAAUUUCCUGGAAUGCUCAGAAAAAAAAUUUCACCUUGAAAAAAAACUGAAAGAAACAUAGAAUGUGACAAAAAAACUAAAGAAAAAAUUACGAAGAAGAGAAAAAAAUACAGAAAAAAUUCAAGAAAUGGUCAAUGUUCUUUAAAAGACCAAAAAACAAAAAAAAAAUUAAAUGUUCCACAAAAAUUACUUUUUUUUAAGUCAUAAAAAAUUAUAAAAAAAACACACAAAAAUCUACAAAAAAUGGCAAGACAAGAUUCUGCGGUUCUCGUCAGCAACGGCAACUCGACAACGCCAAAAAUUGUACCUGCGUCCAAUCCCAGCAACAACAACAACAGCAAUCCCUACAACAAUGCCACAACGACCCCGACAUCGCAGCCGCCGCCAAAAAAAACUGUCGUCACGGUGGAAUCGCAAAUGACGCGCAGCGAAAAAGAGGAACGUGGCAAGGCAUUUCGGCAAGUGGUUGUCGCUUUCAUUGCCAACAUCGCAACAAUCAAUACGGGACUGAUAUUUGGGUUUAGUGCCGUGGCAAUUCCACAGUUGGAGGCAAGUGAUGCCGUGAUAAAUGACGGCGGGCCAAUUGAUGAGUAUCAGGCGUCGUGGGUCGCUUCUCUGUCAUCGGCAAGUACGCCAAUCGGAUGCAUCAUGUCUGGAUAUGUGAUGGAUCGCUUUGGCAGGAAGAAAACUCUGCUGGCAACGGAAAUUCCCUUGAUUAUUGGAUGGUUGCUGAUUGCUUUUGCACCGAAUGUGUUGUGUAUCUACGCCGGGAGGAUUCUUUGUGGCUUCGGGAGUGGCAUGGUUGGUGCUCCGGUCCGCGUUUACACAUCAGAAGUUACCCAACCGCAUCUUCGUGGAAUGUUAACGGCUCUCGGGAAUGUUGGCAUCAGCGUUGGAGUUUUGUUCCAAUAUACCCUCGGAGCUUUCAUAAAUUGGAAUAUUUUGGCGAUUAUUUCUGCUUUGGUGCCCAUUUUGGCCUUUACUUUGAUGCUGAAUAUGCCAGAAACGCCGAAUUAUUUGGUGACACACUCGAAACGGGAUCAAGCUUUGAAGAGUUUGGCCAAGUUACGAGGUUCCAACUACAAUUUGGGACGAGAAAUUGAUCAGUUGCAAGCUUUUGCUGACAAAUCAAAGACGAAAGAAAAAGAAACCGGUAGAGAUCUGAUCCGCGCCCUCCUCAGCCCAUCCGCCUUAAAACCCUUCGGCAUCUUGUUCAUCUAUUUCAUGUCGUACCAAUUCAGUGGCGUGAACACUCUCACCUUCUACGCCGUCGAAAUUUUCCGUGACUCGGGCACGACAUGGGACAAAAAUACCGCAACGCUCGUGCUUGGCUUCGUUCGCCUAUUUUUCACCAUCGUGGCAUGUGUUGCCCUCCGACGAUGCGGCAGACGACCUUUGUCCUUCAUCUCGUUCAUCGGAUGCGGCGUGACGAUGGUCGCUUUGGGUAUUUACAUGCGCGAAAAACUCGCCUGGGACUCUGUUGGCUUGGCACCCUUCAACACGUGGAUUCCCGUGACCUGCAUUUUCGUCUUCCAGGCAUGCUGUGCCUUGGGUUUCCUCGUGGUGCCCUGGGUAAUGAUUGGCGAGUUGUAUCCGAUGAAGGUGCGCGGCAUCUAUGGCGGACUUACGACAUGCUCCGCGCACUUGUGCGUCUUUAUUGUGGUGAAAACGUAUCCAUUCCUGUCGCAUGUCAUCGAAAAACACGGUUGCUUCAUCAUGUAUGGCAGCAUUUCGCUCGUGGCGACAUUCUUUAUUUACUUUACGCUGCCCGAAACGAAGGGAAAGACGUUGCAAGACAUCGAGGACUACUUUUCGGGUCGCAUCUCCAAGCAGAGUUUCAACCAGAAAAAACCCGCUGGCGGUAUUUCGACGCUGCAAGAGAAACCGAUUGUGGAAAAAGACAAAUUGCUGCCUUAAAGACGCCUUUUUUAGGUUUUAACGAAAAAAAAAUUGACUGACGCCACUUCUUCCUUCUAAAAAGAGACAAUUUUAAAAAUAUUCUAAGUAUUAGAACAUCUCAGAAACAUAUCGUUCGCUUGUUUCUUGUCAAUUUCUAGAAUUAGAAAAAAUAUUAUUAGAGAAAAAAAUAAAUUUAAAGGAAAUA